UGGUAGCGGUUGAGCUUGCUGUGUUUUCCUUUCGCCUCACGGCUCCAUCGGCUUGCGACGGUCCCUGGGCGGGAUGGCCUCCAGCUACAAGAAGACACCACUGGCGGCUCCCUCUCAGAGGAAGAAAACUGCACCCAAAACUGAACUCACUGAAGAGCAGAAGCAAGAGAUCCGAGAGGCCUUUGAUCUGUUUGAUACUGAUGGGACUGGGAAUAUUGAUGUGAAGGAAUUGAAGGUUGCCAUGAGAGCACUUGGGUUUGAACCCAAGAAAGAUGAGAUCAAGAAAAUGAUCUUAGACAUUGAUAAGGAAGGAACUGGAAAGAUCAGCUACAAUGACUUCCUGGGAGUGAUGACCCAGAAAAUGGCUGAAAAAGAUUCAAAAGAAGAGAUUCUAAAAGCCUUCAAAUUGUUUGAUGAUGAUGAAACAGGCAAAAUUUCUUUCAAAAACCUCAAACGUGUGGCUAAAGAACUGGGGGAAAACCUUACAGAUGAAGAGCUGCAGGAAAUGAUUGAUGAAGCUGAUCGGGAUGGUGACGGGGAGGUCAAUGAGCAGGAGUUUUUGCGGAUCAUGAAGAAGACCAGCCUGUACUGAGAUCCUCAGUGUGUUUUCUCUGUGUUUGUCAAGUCUCUUUCUGUCCGUAGACAAAGUUCAGCCUCUCCCGGUGCCUCUUUGGAAGGGAUGAGCAGCUACCUGGAUCUUACCGGCUUUGUGAAAUGUCCCUCACAGUUGACUGUUUUUUCACUCUCAUAGUAUCUGUUGACUCCUCCAUCUGCCUUUGCUGCGCUAUCUUGUAAAAUACAUGUUUUAUAUUUGCAGUCACGUGAGGUGGCCUACUGGAUUAAGCUGCCUUUGAGGGUGGUUGGGCGCACAGGAGUCACACAAGGAAAUGCUUUUGCCAAUGAUAAUUCAGCCGUUCUGAGAAACAAGGGCGAUUCUUUUUAAAAACUCAUUUGUAAGUGUUGAGGCUUGCAUUGUAUGGUGCUUAGCACUUGCCAAAUGGAAAGAUGUCAAAGAGUUGGGUGGUUUCGAGAUCCGCUUCUGCUCCCACCCUGCCUUGAUCGGUCUCUGCCUCUGCUACUCAAAACCUUACUCUGUUCUGAACCUGGAGUUUAGAAGCUGAGGUUGAAACGCAGUGCCUAAGCUUUUGUUUUCAACAACCUUUGUACUUAUUAGCCUUUGUACUUUUUCAAGAGCAUUCAGUGUGAGUGUGUCUUUAAUGUCUUAACUUUCUGGAAGCAGCCUGUAACCAUUUCUUUCCAGAUUCCUGUAACAAUGACAUCAAACCCAUUCAUUGCAGUAAAGUUGCCUAUGUCCUUCAUUCCAUUGGCAGAUCUUUAAAGUGCAGGGGGAGGCACCUCAUUGUCCUGUGACUGUGUUUACACGCAUCCGCAAUGCAUAGUUUAAUCUCAUAUUACUGUCACAGUAAUGG